AUGCCCAAGGGACCCAAAGGCACGGAACCCAAGGACGGCAGAGAGAAUCGCGUGGUGCCUGCUUACCCACCAUGCAAUGCUCGAUUGCUCGUCGAUGGCGGGGGUGCGGGCGCAGGCGCAGGCUCGACGGACAUGCUGGAAGCGCUCGACAUACGACUUUCAGGUUUGCCAUUGAAGCAAUCGGAUAGCUACGAGUCCUCAGGACGCAGGUCAGGCGAACCAUCAUGGAAGGAUAUCGCGGUGGCGGAUAUGCAUACGGCGGUGGAGCACUGGGAGAGCGUCAUGCAGGCGUUGGUGGAGCAUCCUGAAAGGAGCAGUUCUUGGAUCUCCCGCGCAGACAUUGUCGAGUCCCACACUUACGCAACUCCGAUAGGUGUGGGUGGGUGGAGCAAGCUGAAAAGCGUACAUCGGCGCAUCAUACCUCGCAAAGCUCAGGCUGAUUGGCCCAUCGAGCAAGAAUGCUGUUUUUACGAGCGAGUCCGUGAGAUCAAGGCGGCAAAUGAUGGUGAAGAAUGCAAGUUGAGAGACGCUUUGGUCGUAUAUACGUGUUACCGAUCUCGCUCAGGCACUACUUCCAUUGGACAAAUGCGAGAUGCCGCCACAUCUCAUCGCAGGAAUGCCUGGAUGGGAGUACAGGCUGAAGAUGCAAGUCAACACGCAGACGAGUCCCAACUUCCCCUCGAGCUGCCGGCGAGUGUAGCUGAGAUUCCCUUCUACCAUCCAGCGGUGCGAGCCAUGGCUUUUCAAUUUCACACGCUACCAGAAGCAGCGGUCUCUAGCUCGCUCCCAGACCAGAGUCUUGCAGUGAGGGGCAUCGGACGCAUCUCCAUUGUUCCAUUCUCCUCGACCAGCUUCCCACUGCAAGCUGCAGACCGUCUCAGUCGGACAGCGCUCUCUCUACUCACACUUCAAUCCAAGCACGCCUGGGGCGCUCUACACUCCUACGAAAAACGAGUGACGCACGAUCGUCUAGUUGGCAAAGAAGAGUAUAUGGACACUUAUUCGGAACUCAAGAGAUUGCACGCUGCAAGGUUAAUCGAUACGUGGUGCGAAGUGACGGAUGCUGAUAAGCACGUCUUUGAAGAUUUGGGCAUAGCUGCUUGGCUGAUGUGUCUUUGGAAGGACAUGUACGCGCAUGAUUGCCCAAGCAGCACGUCUGGCGAGACCUCGACAUCCGCAGACGGGAAAGCAAAACGACCCUGGGACAGCUGGGGAAGACCUCCGGGGGGAUUCGUAGACGUAGGCUGCGGGAAUGGUCUACUGGUACAUAUUCUCAACGCAGAGGUGAGUGUGCAUGGGCUGCGGUAGCAAAACGCGAAACGAAAAUUUGACAAGAUGUCCUCCGGCUUUGCCCUCUCUUGACUCACUCCAGGGCUACACCGGCUACGGUUUCGAUCUUCGAGCGCGAAGAUCUUGGGAUGUUCAUAGACGCGCACCAGGCGGGGCAAGCCUACACGUCUACUCUCUCGACGUUCCCCUCUACAUUGCUUCCCUUCUCAACUCCGGCAUGUCCGAUCCCAGCACCAACACAGGCGGAAUCCUCACUGAAAGCAACACGCCAAAGUUCCUACCAGGCUGUUUCCUCAUCGCUAAUCAUUCGGACGAACUCACACCAUGGAUCCCAGCGCUCGCUGCGCUCAUUCCCGGCUGCAGCUUUGCGAAUAUUCCCUGUUGCGCAUGGAACAUGGACGGCUGCAAGUUUGGUCGGACCCGCUUUCGUGUAGAGAAUGAAGAAGUUUGUCAUCUGCUUGGUCUGAGCAAAGGCUCGUGCGGCGUCCAUUGGACAGAAGAGACGAGUGCAGCUGCACAACUACGGAGCAAAAUGAUGAACGAGCUGGUAGAGCAAACGCAACAAGCUUUGCUUUUGGGCCCGUCCAACGCAGGUUCAAACGUCACGUCGACCACAUCAGCCUCUCGAAAUAUAGCCUACAUCCACUACAUUUCCCAUCUGCACCUCAGCGCAGGGUUUCAGAUUGAGAAGGAAGUAUUGAGGAUACCCAGCACGAGAAAUUGGGCUCUGCUCGGUCGUCGAAGAACGUGGGAGUUGCUUAUAGACUCGGAAACAGAGGAAGAGCAAAGCCAAAGGAGGAAGCGCGUGGAGGAUGCUGUGAGGGCCAGAAUGACGCGGGAUGUAGAGUGCGCUAGGAAUAAUGCGUGGAAAGCUCGGAUACCUGAAGGCAAUGCCGGCAAGAAUGUACACUAG